AUGAGUACUGUUCUGUUUCGUAGCCGUUCUGUUGCCGACUUACAGCGUUAUUUGAGAGAAAGGGGUGUCACAUUUAGUGAUUCUAGGAAACCUGCGUUAGUAGAAUUCUGUAGUUUGGCAGAAGAGCUGAGGAUUGAGGUUGAUCCCGACGGAUUAUUAGAAGAUCGGCCUGAAGUCGUCUGUCAGAAGCUGAUGCUGAGUGACAUGUGCCUUGUGUCUCCACAACGGCUGUCUGGGACUAGCGAUCUGUCUAUCGUGCCAGUUCUGUCUAUUUUUGACAUUUACAAUUACUUAAUUACUUCCAAUAAAUAUGAUCACGCCUCCCUAAGGGCAUAUCACCAGCUUGAGGGAUAUUCUAUGUUCCGAGAUAGCUAUACACGAGGUAUUGAGACGGUGCCAUAUCCCAAUACUGCCUUUGUUGCUGUGAAAGCCAAUGUGAAACCCCGGACAAAUGAUAAAGAUCCAGUAUCCAAGAGAGGCUACUACAGCUGUUGGAUCAUGAUGAAGAACAGUGACGAGGGAUCCAUUCAAUCUGCUUAUUGCAGUUGCAAAGGAGGCAUUGAUGGAUGCUGUCGACAUGUUGUGGCAACCCUCUUCGAAGUCCUUGACUUUGUACAAGACUUCAAGAAGACCAGCUGUACUUCAGGGCCAUAUAUGUGGGUUCGGCGUGCUUCUCAGGCCGAUCAACUAGGCAAACCUAUUCCUGCCUCACAACUUGAGACUUCAAUUAUGGUGGAGCCCAGCACACAGACAGCAAUGCCACUGUAUUCCCCAUUGUCUGAUGAGUAUCCAGUGCCUGAUCCUAACGAUUUCCUUGAAAAAGUAAAAUCUCUUCAACCAACAGCCUGCGGAUUACGUGCCAUAGAAUGA